UUCUUCAAUUUAUUCGUGUCCUCCUUUUUGUUGUAAAAAAGUUGGUCACCUUAAUAUUUAAGAUCAGUAGAAUAUAUCUUAGGCAAGACGAUGCAUUGAUUCCCUGGAAUAUUUUCUCUUCACUGGCUCAGGGAAAACUCUUUUGACCUUGUGAUUUGAAGCUGAAGCAGAAUAAAAGUCUUUUGGCUUAACGAGUUUUUGGACGCCUUUCGUUCUUUUUCUACAAUUAUUAAACUGUUUCCUGGAAGAAAGCCUCAUUUUCACGGGACCUGCUGUCUGGAGGAGUAAAGUCUGGAUAGAAUUGAGCAUUUAAAUCAUAAAGGUCCCCGUAAUUUGCGUGUGAAGAUUGUUUUGCGCUAAAAGACCAACGGUUCCAGCCCAUAACAAUAUUCUAAGCUCCGUAUUCUGACUGACACCACCAGCCUGCGUGAACAUGACUUCAUGGUGCAAGGCCAUGAUGUCAUGGUCAGAGUGCGGGCCACUUACUCGCAUCGUCGCGCCGUUUUCUGACCAGCCUGAUCUUGCGAGGGGCUGCCGAGAGUAGAGAGAGGGUCCUCUGCCCGCUCUCUGUUCUCCUUCCACUUCCCUUGGCUGUCAGGGCAAAGACCCCUCGGUUUUAUUGAGUGGUGGUGCCAGAGGGCACUGAGAUCACAGCACCAUCAGCAGCGGCGAGCAAGCAGGAGCAGCAGCAAUAGCAAGUAGCGCUGGGGGAGGAGUUUGUGGUUCAGGGCGGAUCCCGCAGAGUCGCUACUGGUUGCUGGCCGGCUUAGGAGAAAGAGGAGAAAAAAAGGUUGGCCGAGCAGCUGGGCGUCCUUGGUGCUGGCACUGCCGCCCGGGCAUGAGGAUGGCUGUCGGCGCAGCAGCGGCUCCAGGAGAUGGAGGCUCGCCGAAUCCCGGUCCCGCUGCGGUCUCUUUGGGCUUGAGCGUGGCUGUGGUGUCCAGCCUGGUCAAUGGCUCCACGUUCGUGCUGCAGAAAAAAGGAAUCGUGCGGGCAAGAGGACGAGGGACUUCAUAUUUAACUGAUAUGGUGUGGUGGUCAGGUACUAUUGCUAUGGCGCUUGGCCAGAUUGGGAAUUUCUUAGCUUAUACUGCAGUUCCUACUGUUCUGGUGACUCCACUUGGAGCACUUGGAGUCCCAUUUGGGUCCAUUUUAGCUUCCUAUCUACUGAAAGAAAAACUGAACAUUUUGGGCAAAUUGGGCUGCCUCCUGAGUUGCGCAGGUUCUGUUGUUCUCAUCAUUCAUUCUCCAAAGUCUGAAAGUGUCACCACUCAGGCUGAGCUUGAAGAAAAGCUUACAAAUCCAGUAUUCGUGGGUUACCUCUGUAUUGUGCUUCUCAUGCUGCUCCUACUUAUCUUUUGGAUUGCACCAGCUCAUGGACCUACUAACAUUAUGGUUUACAUCAGUAUUUGCUCAUUGUUAGGAAGUUUCACUGUGCCUAGUACAAAAGGAAUUGGACUGGCUGCUCAAGAUAUCUUUCACAAUAAUCCAUCAAGUCAAAGAGCAUUAUAUCUCUGUUUGGUUCUGUUAGCAGUAUUGGGAUGUAGUAUAAUAAUUCAGUUUAGGUACAUCAAUAAGGCACUAGAAUGUUUUGACUCCUCGGUGUUUGGUGCUAUCUACUAUGUAGUAUUCACCACUCUUGUCUUGCUGGCCUCAGCCAUUUUGUUCAGAGAAUGGAGUAAUGUUGGUGUUGUUGACUUCUUGGGGAUGGCUUGUGGGUUCACCACUGUAUCUAUUGGAAUUGUUCUUAUACAAGUCUUCAAAGAAUUCAAUUUCAAUAUUGGUGAUUUGAAUAAGCCUAAUAUGAAGACCGAUUAAAUUCUUAAUGUUCAAGGGAAUUGGAUAAUCCAGAGAAUGAUAGUGUCUUCAAUUUUUAGGCCAUAGAAAUGAUAGCCUUUAAUUUUUAAACUUUGAGAAUAAUAUCACCUUUCAUUCCUUGCUAGAAUGUGUGAAAUGAAUUAGUGUUCUUAAUUCAAUUUCUCUAAGACUUGUGAUUUAUAAACCUCAUAGCAAGUAGGAUAAGAAUUGCAUCAUCACAGAAGCUGAUGUAUUUCUUUAUCCUUAAACAUCAUCUAUGUAGUGUAGGACUGAAUUAUUUUGGUCUAUGAAGAACCAGGAAUCUUUUCAAAUGAUUAUUCAGAAUCUUCUGAUUGUGUGAAUCAACUGUCAACAUUUGUGUUUACAACUGAGCAGGUGCCAUGAGUGAUCAAUAGCCCCUUUUAAAAAUGUAGAUACACUUCAAAUACUAGAAAGGGUUGUCUUUCUAUUUACCUUCACAGUUAUGAUUCAGAUUUUAGUAUUCUUACAGGUGUAUUUGAAGAUUCCACAACAGUUACAACUGUGUAUUGAUAUGGUGUGUUCUUUCUCUACCUUUGUAAAUUGGACUGUGACAUGGAAUUCAUAAUUAUGUCCCAAACUAGAUAUUUAUAUCUCAACAUGUGUUCUCUCUCAUACCAGAUGAAAGUUGCUCACAAAUCUAAGUAAAUAUAGCACUUAGUUGACAGCUAUGCCUUUUGUUCACAUGAAUCACUUAAUGUAUGUCAAUGCAUUAUAUUAAUUCAGGAGCUUAUAUUUAAUAUAAAACAAUGUAAGGAAUGUGUUAGAUCAUAACCACUUUCUACCUUUUUUGGUAGAUUAUUUGUAAACAGCUGGAAACUACUUCAGUGCCUUUUCUAUUCUAAUGAGAUCACUUUCUUGGAGUGGUUCAUAUUCUCUAAUAUUUGAAUGUCCUCAUGCUUAUCAAUUUAACCAAGCAGAGAGACACUAAUAUAUUUGAAUUAUUGUGGGGUAACUUCUAUGCACUUCCAGCUAGUGUUUGUUUAGAACAAAAGUAUUCUAUUACAGUAAUAUUCAGUUAAGUUCCCUAGACAGUUUUCCCUAACAAAUUCCAGUAAACUAUUGUGUAGCAUCUUUUAUCAGGGUUUGAACUGGCACUUUUAGAAUUAAACUAGGCAUUACGAAAGGAAUUUGUAAGCGGAAAGAAAAAUGUUCUUCGGUUGAGGGGAAAAUAUCUAGAUUUACUAAGUGAUUCUUCAGCAAGGCCUAGAAAUUGUUCUCACUCACUUGGAAGAACAGAGAGAAACAAUGGGACUUCUGUUUCCACGAUACUUGGGUAACCUUAAAAAGUGUGAACUUCAACUCCCAGAAUUCUGGAAGUUGAAGUCCAUACUUUUUAAAGUUGUACUAAGUACAAAAACCUCAGUAUAAAAAACUGCUAAGUAAAAAGAACAGAAACGAAGAGUUGACUUUUUCCUAGAUAAUUAGAUUUGAUUCAAUAGCUAUGAGUCUGUUUGCAGGUUCCUCAUUAUGACUUGAAUUAACAAUAGUGGUCUGACAUAGAAAUAGCAGUUUUGUGUCAGUGUCAAAGAAAUACUGUAUAAAUAGAUACAUGAAUACUUUGCAGAUCAGGUUUUAUUUAUUAUUCUGUAUGCUCUUUUGUUGAACUUGUAAGCAUGCAUUACUUUUUAAAAUCACUGCAUUUGAAGUUUCUGAAUUCAGGAGGCACAUGACCAAGAAAUGUUUGCCAAGGGAACAAGAAAUAAACCAUGCACCUAGUACAAACUCUCCCCUUAUAUAUUGUACAUUGGGAUGUCAUGAUGCAAGUAGAAAAUAUUGACAUUUGUGUCAUUAUGUCAUGAAACAUUUUGUUGUUUUGACAUCAUCAGAGUUAGGAACAGACACCAACUAAUGUCAUAGGUGUCAAUCUGCAUCUUCAAGCAUUUUUAAGCAUACAGUACUUUAUCUUCACAAGUAGUUUCUGACAAUAACAUUAUUUGCAAUGCAGCCACAAGGUUGUACAGAAUGGUUGUUUUCUCAAUAUGCACAACCAGUAUAGAAAUCUUAUGAUUCCUUUUAAAUUCUGAAAAUUGCAAAUUGGAGAUGAUUUUUCUAAAAUAAAACAGCCUUUCGCAUGUUAGGGAUUAAAACUGUUUGUAUGUAUGUACAGUAUAUAUAUUUAAAAGAUUAAAACCCAUACUAAUA